AGUCUUCCGUCUUCGCCACGACCACGUAAAAAGGACACAUGCCACCACAAACACAAACACACCUCUCAGCCUCGACUCGGGCGUACAUGGCAGCUUCGCAUACACCUCAUAUCUGCCCGGCCAUCCCUACUGCUCAUGCUGAUGCCUCGCGCAUUUGUACCUUCAGCACGACGGAAGCGCAUAAAGCUGGUGCCCGAGAAACAUAGGCACACACGCGUGUGCACGCAAGUCCAGCUUCCGAAGCGCCGCGCUGUGUUUGUAUACAUAGAUCACCACGCGCGCCGGCGCUCGCUCUUCGCUCGUCUUUCCCUACCACACCUGCGCCGCUUCGACUCACCCGCGCGUCUCUCGUCUCUUUCUCUCUCUCUCUCCCCCUUGGGACAAGUCUACAUCCCACUGAACAUUGGUCUGUUCGCUGUGGCCAAGCUCUUGUUGCAAUAGUCUUCACCGGGGCCUCUGUCGGCUUGGCCAUCGAGCGCACGCGCGAGCGUGAACUCUCGUGGAACGACCAGGUUCGCCGGCACCCCUUUGCAUCCACAUUAAAUCGCUCGCGCCAACAUAAUACCACGCUGCCGCCUGCUUGCAUCGCGCAAU